UUACAUUUAAGACAUGUAGGCGGGACCAAAAGCAGCCGUUCAGACGCUCUUCAUGUAUGUCAAGUGAAUUGGGUCUGUUUUUUAAAAGCCCGUGUCAACAGUUGCGUGCAAAGCUUAAUUUGAUAUUUCCAGUUUGAAGCUGUAGAUUUUGGUGUUUACUGAUCUUUCCACUCAGCGGACACCAUGGGUGAGGUGGAGCUGUCCUGUCGCGCUUACGUGAAGAUGUACCUGCACGCCUGCCUCUUUCCGCGCUGUAGCAUCAAUGGCCUGCUGUUGUCGUCCAGCCCGACAGGUGGCGCUGUUUGCGUGACUGACUGUGUCCCGCUGCUCCACUCCCACCUGCCCCUGGCUCCUAUCACCCAGCUGGCCCUUACACAGGUGGAUGUUUGGUGUUCACAGACUCAGCAGAGGAUAGUGGGAUAUUACCAAGCCAACGCCUGCGUGUCUGAUAACAAGUGGGUUUCCAGAGCUUCGUACAUCACAAAAGACUGGACCAAUCAGAAACUUAACACCAAGAUAGAGGAGCUCGCCUCGCCGGCCAACGGAAACAUCUAGACUGAAGAGUAGCAUCACUUUUUCUGCACAAAUGUGAUUUUUACAGAACAACGCACACUCGACACCAAGUUUAAGGAGACGUUUAUUUUUUUCCGAGUGAACAAGAACAUAUAUGCAUAAAUAACAAUAUUUACAUCUCACUAGUUUCCCGCCCAACCCCAGAGUGUGCCUUGUGGUCCAUCCCAAUACUCUGCUCAUUUAAAGGACACUUCCACCUUAAAGUCCUCCUCUAACACUACUACAACAUAUAGAUAUAUGUUCCCCCUCUUUCCCUUAGUUUAUGCAUUAGUAUGAUUCCAGCAAACUAAACAUGAAACAGGAUGGACAAAAGGACAAAAAUGCCUUACAAUACUAAAAUCCUGCAGUAAAUACCAAGCUAGAUGAAGCUCAAAAUAUUUGUUUUUCAUUAGGUUUGAUUUAAAAGGAACUCUCAAGUUUGUGUUUUUGACUUUGGGAAGACUUAAAGUAAUAUAUUAAAAAUAAAAUGGGGGGGAGGGGGGGGAUACAUCCACCCUUUAUUUAACACCGUACAGAUGUGUUUGUUAUGACUUCAAUGCCUCGUGCAGGCACUUAUACUGUAAAGAACGGGUUAAAUCGAGACGUGAACUUGAAUGAAAUUACAAUUAUAACAGCUGACCAUUCAAAUAAACUCCCUGUCAAAGUUUA